AUGCGCCGUUGGGGAGCGGCGGGACCUCUUCGGAGCGGCCUUCAGCUCCGGCAGGUGGCUUCAGCGGCCCGAAGGCGGCAGCCCGCACAACUUAAAAUACCAAUAAGUGAUGCACCGGCACAUGUGAAGGCCAUGGAGAGGCCGAGAUCAAAACUCGAAACCCCGGCAGCGUACAGUUCCUUCCGUAGCACAGAAACCAUUGAGGAAUUUAGGGAAAAUUACAAAUACCUGGCGGCAGGCGAGAGGGAAACAUCAGUAACGGCCCGAGUCGCUGGUCGUAUCACAAGUUUGCGGGAUAUGGGAAAGAUGCUUUUUGCGACAGUACGAUCUAGUGGUGUGGAUCUGCAGUUAGUCGUGCAUGUCGGGGAACAUUUCACACGAGACUGCUUGAAGCAACUGAGAGCUUCAUUGCGUGUUGGAGACAUUGUGGGAGCUGAAGGUAUUCCAUGUAGGAUGCAGCGCGGUGAGUUGUCUUUAGCUGCUAGUCGUGUGGAGGUGCUGGCGCCAUAUGUUUGUAGGGACCAGGUAGUCUGCCCAGAUCUACGUGGUUUUACGCAACUGCAAGACAAUGAUGUGAGGUAUCGAUAUCGCUUUGUGGAUAUGAUGACCAAUCGGUCCGUUAUCGACACUAUUAGAAAGCGUCACACAGUGCUGCAGUCACUCCGUGAGUACUUGGAUAUGAGACACUUUGUUGAGGUAGAGACACCGAUUCUUCACACUGUAGCGUCCGGUGCGAAUGCAAAACCUUUUGUGACGCAUCACAACGCAAAUAAUGCAGACCUCUUCCUACGCGUUGCACCAGAGUUAUACCUGAAACAGUGCGUCGUCGGAGGUUUGGAACGGGUGUAUGAAAUUGGUAAAGUAUUUCGUAACGAGGAUGCUGAUCGCAGUCACAACCCGGAGUUUACCACGUGUGAAUUCUACGCAGCAUACCACACAUACGAAGACCUUAUCACCAUGACAGAAGACAUCUUUCGCCAUCUCGCGCUACGGGCAAACGGGACGACGCAACUGCAAAUCCAGUGUGAGCGGGCUGGUAUCACACGGGAGAUUGAUUUGGGUGCAACAUUCCGGCGCAUUAGUGUUUAUGAUGAAAUUCAGAGUGCAUCCGGUGUCGAGCUCCCACCACCCAAUGAACUUAACACACCAAAGGGACUUGCAUACAUGUCCGCCAUCAUGCUGCGCCAUGACAUUCAGUUUCCAGCCGUACGCACAGCGGCAAAGAUGUUUGAUAAACUCAUUGACUUCUUUAUUACAAGUCACAUAGUAGAGCCAACCUUCGUGAUGGAUCAUCCCAUCUUCAUGAGCCCUCUCGCGAAGGAACACUCAUCUCGGCCUGGUUUGGCUGAGCGUUUUGAGUUGUUUAUCAAUGGUAUUGAAUACUGCAACGCAUACAGUGAACUUAAUGAUCCACAGGAACAGUGUCAUCGGUUCCAGCAACAGUUAAUAGAUCGACAAGGUGGCGACGAGGAGGCCAUGCCGCUGGACGAGACCUUUUUGAAAUCCCUGCAAGUUGGUCUUCCACCAACUGCUGGUUGGGGAAUGGGCAUUGACCGAGUUGUAAUGCUGCUAAGCGGCUCAAGUACCAUACGAGAUGGAAUCAUUUUCCCUUUACUACGGCAGGAUACGAGAUCGCAUGAUUGCAAGCGGCGGCACCGGGUGGCCACAUUUUUUGAUUUCAAUCACCAAAUGGCACUCUUGUGUCUUAGUGGCGUUGAGCAGGAAAUGAAAAGACGUGGCUUCCCCGAGGCAUCAUGUGCUCAUAUUCGCGAGCUGCGGCAGACUAUUCGAGACUUGGGGCAGCGAAGCGGUGAGUCGGAUUUAACAAAUUUUAACUGCGGUGAAUGGUGGCCGGGUCUGACAAAAACUAUGAUUCGGCUGAUGUGUGGUAGACCACGUUCCUGA